AUGACAAGCUUUAAGGAAGACGACGAUUACGUCAAUCACGUCCACAAGGAGGAUGUGUUGGAAGAGGACGACAUCGAAAACCAGCCCAGCAAUGCCAUGCCUGGAAUCUUGCGGCGGCUUACGCUGGAGGAAUACAAGAAGGUCGGGGACAAAGCAACCUUGAAAAUGGACAUCAUCAUCCUACCAUGCCUGAUGUUGAUGUACAUCCUCAAUUACCUUGACCGAAAUAAUAUUGCCUCGGCGAAACUGGCGAAUAUUUCGGAGGACCUGGAUCUGACUCCGAUCGAGUACCAGAGCUGCAUUUCAAUUCUUUUCGCAGGCUAUAUCCUAAUGCAGGUGCCUUCGAACAUGAUGCUGGGAAAGGUCAAGUGGCCUGGAGUCUACAUAUGUACUGCAAUGGGCGUAUGGGGCGUGAUAUCGGCAGCGCAGACCGUAGUUCAGGAUUUUGCAGGCCUGGCCAUUGCCCGGUUCUUCAUCGGGUUCGUAGAAGCCGUGUUCUUCUCUGGAGGUCUGUUUUACCUCUCUCUCUUCUACAAUCGCAAGCAGUACGCUUUCCGCGCCGCUCUUUUCUACUCUGGUUCCCAACUAGGUAACGCCUUCGGUGGGCUUCUUGCCAUCGGGAUUUUGGAGCUAGAUGGAAAACAUGGGCUGGCGGGAUGGAGAUGGCUUUUUCUUGUCGAAGGCGUAGUAACUACUGGUCUAGCAGUGGUGUUCGCUCUGGUUCUGCCGAAUUCCCCCACGGAGUUCAAAAACUUGACUGAAGUCGAGAAAGCAUGGGUUCUUUGGAAUCAGCAACAAGAUCAGGGACAGAGCGACGAUCGGUCCGAGAUCACAGCAAGGAAAGGCUUAUCUCUGGCGCUCAAGGAUCCGAAGACGUGGCUCUUCCUGGCAACCCUCUAUGCCAUUUAUACCUCCGCCGGUGUCACCAAUUUCUUCCCUCUAGUCGUCUCAACGCUCGGUUAUGAUCGAACUGUCACCCUGGCUCUCAUAGCGCCUCCCUUUGUCCUCUGCUGUAUCACGAUGCUAGCCGUUGGCUUCCACUCUGACCGCGUUGGCGAACGCUACUGGCAUAUUUCUCUACCACUGGUCGUCACACUGGUAGCGAAUAUCAUUGCGGUUUCAACCUUGAGCACGGCUGCAAGAUACACAGCCAUGAUGCUCAUGCCAGCGUCCUUCUAUGCGGCCGUUGUCGUGCUGCUCUCCUGGAUUACAGGGACACUGAACCAGCCAGUUGCGAAACGGGCGUCGGCUAUCGCUCUGAUCAUUUCGGUCUGCAACACCUCGAACAUCUGGACACCAUAUCUUUACAACAAUGCGCCCCGCUAUUUCGUUGCGUUCACGGUGAACCUGGUAGCUGCAGCUGCAGCAAUCGUUGUCGCAACUAUAACUCGAUUUUACCUGCGAAGAGAGAACCAGAAGCUUGAUGACGAAAAUCCAGUAGGAAAGAGCGGACCAACAGAAGCACAGAUAGAGAGUGGUUUCAGGUAUCAGCUGUAA